AUGGAAACUCUUGACAAGACCGAAUGGGACGUGCUUAUUGUAGGCACCGGCCUACAGCAGUCUCUUCUUGCUCUAGCUUUGUCACGCUCGGACAAGAAGAUUCUCCAUGUCGACGAAGAUGACUUUUACGGCGGUACCGAAGCUGCCUUUAGUUUACAGGAAGCUGAGGACUGGGCGCAGCGGUUGAAGCAAGCACCAACAGAUGCUCCCUUCUCCCAUAUCACAAUCACCAAGCCCGAACCCAGCCCGGACAACUUAGCUCCAAAUCUUUCGGUUUCAAGAGCAUAUAACCUAUGUUUGAGUUCCCAGAUAGUGUAUGCUCGCUCCUCUCUUCUGGGAUACCUCGUCUCGUCAAGGGUCUAUCGUCAGCUUGAGUUUCUUGCUGUCGGCAGCUGGUGGGUGUACUCUAGAGGCGCACAGAGCGAAGGUUCUGUAGCUCCAGAAACCACAUCUUCACAUGGAAGACUGUUGAAGGUUCCAAACGGUCGCGAAGAUGUCUUCCAGGACCACCAAUUGGACUUUAAGGCGAAGCGCGCGUUGAUGAAAUUCUUGCGUUUUAUUGGCGAUUACGAAGAGCAGACCGACGUCUGGGAAGAGUUCGGACAGCAGCCAUUUGCGGUGUUUCUUAGGGAACAAUUCAAGAUUCCAGCAAAUUUGCAGGCGCCAUUAAUGGCCCUCACGCUAUCAACAACGCACUCGUCCCAGACGAUGACGGAGACUGCCCUGCCGCGAAUUGCGAGGCAUCUGCGAUCAAUUGGUGUGUUUGGACCUGGCUUCGGGGCUGUUGUGCCGAAAUGGGGCGGUUUGUCGGAAAUCAGUCAGGUGUCCUGUCGAGCAUGUGCGGUUGGAGGUGGAGUUUACGUGCUUGGAAAAGGCGUUGCUCCACCCAUGGAGGGUGCUGCGGAGGUUGACAGCAAGGGCACCAGACUUCGUCUGAAAGAUGGCGAAGAGAUUGUUGCACAGUGGGUUGUAGGAGGAAGCACCUCAACCAAUGCCGAGGCUACGUGCUGCAGAUCGAUCAGCAUUGUCUCGUCUUCGUUGCUGAGCCUGUUCCCUCCAAUUGCGGAAGAGGCACCAACACCGGCGACGGCUGUGGUUGUUUUUCCAUCUGGCUCGUUGAUGGCGGGUUCGGAAGCUGAAGAGCUUCCACCCGUUCAUGUCUAUGUGCAUUCCAGCGACACGGGCGAAUGUCCUACUGGCCAGUGUGUACUUUAUGCUCUAGUAUCUCUAGGGGGGUCAAAGGGCUUUGCUUUGCUCGAUCAGGCAGUUGAUUCACUUCUCUCUACCUUGGACAUCACACCGGCACCUAGGGUACUCUGGUCAGCCAAGUACCAACAGCAGCCGUCGUCUGGAUCCAAUGUCCGCCCCUGUGAGUCAGAGAAGAUACUUUGCUUCCCGCCGCCGCCCGUGGAGCUUGCUUUCGAUGACGGGAUCCUCGACAACGUCAAGAGCGUGUGGGAGAAGGUGAUGGGUCAGGAAGGAGGCGAAUUUUUGGUUUUCCAGGACAGGGAGACGUAUACGGAUGAUGAUUGA